AUGUGUAAUACAUGCAUUGCAUCGAUUGUUUAUUGUAUCGUGCAAACUAUUAAUUAUAUUUUUCUCAUCUUUGUACCAUGGGAAACAAGUGAUGUAUCAUGUCAAUGGCGAGGUUAUUUUGGUUACAUGUCAAUUUCAGCAGCUACAUAUUCUUAUCUUAUUCAAGCAAUAUCACGUCUUUUCUUCUCGAAAUUUUCAACAAAAUAUCCUGGGUUAUUAACAUUCAGAACCCAUUAUUAUCUUAUUCUCAUUCAUUGGAUUGUUGUGUUUAUUAUACCAUUAUCCUCAGUUAUCACAAAGGAUAUUUAUUUUCGUCCCGGUCUUCUAUGUUGGGUACCCUUGAAAUAUACCAUUCAUGUAGCAUAUACUGCAUUUGCUUAUUAUUUCGUACCAGUCUCUUCUAUUAUUAUUAUUUAUAUUUAUAUCUAUAGAAGAAUUAAGAAUGGAAGCAAACGUGCUGAAAUUAUUCUUAAUACAGCAAAUGACAAACGUGAUCUUGAAGUUUUUCGUAAUAUUGUCAUUCUUUUGAGUAUUUAUAUAACAGGUGGUAUUCCAACACUGCUUUUUCUUCUUUUUACAAUUGAACUAUGUUAUUUAGCUGGUAUUGUUACAUUUACAUUAGCUGUAACUGUUGAAAAGAUAUGCACAAUAUUACUCGAUCGAGAACUUCGUCAAGUUGUCUGGAAUAUAAUAUUUUCAAGGAAUCGAGUUACACCUUUUGAAAACACUAUCAUACGAACGAGACAUAUAGUAAAUUUCAGACGCUCUUGA